AAUCGAACCCAAUACAAAAGACGAGUUUCGUCUUCUCCAAAGUAGUAGCCACCAAAAUCUAGGGUUCGUGUUUUGCUUAGAUCGUCAAGACCAGUUACGUUCUUCUUCCUUCUUUGACACCAAAGCGUGGUUCUGUAGCACCAACGGUUCGUCCAUGUGAUCCCGACUCUUAUAUCCGCUCAGUCUGCAUUGCGGCUGUGUCAGCGAUCUCUUCUCAAUGCACAGAUCAUAGUGGCGUUGUGUCUUGCAGCGGCGAUUGAUGCUGUGGAGGAUCCGGUUCGGUUAAGGCAUGUGUUUCUUUCUAGGCUGAAGAGAGGUGAUGAAUCAGAAGAUGAACAGACCUGACUUUAUCAUUGGCCCAGCGUUAAUUGGAAAGUAUCCAACUCAGCAUACUGCUAUUGACAAGUUCAUGGUCUAUAAACUGAUAAAAACGAGUGGGAUUGGUGUAAUCAAAAGGAUAUUGACUUUAUCUGCACCAAAAAGGUCACCGGUAUCAAGAUGUAAAAAGAUGGUGUUACGUUUCUUGCCCCAGCUGUACCAAGAAGCUUCAACGGACUGUCUCAGCCUUUUCCGUGUGCACUGCAACAAUACUAAUGUUGUUGGUGUCGUCCGAAAUAUAUCGUGUGGAGAUUACCAUUGCUGAUGAUACUGCUGAUGGUCUAUUUGUUAGUUUGAUGGGAUAAUGACGAAACUACAUAACAUCAUAACCUAUGAAACUGGUCAUCUGUUGGUACGUGACUAUUCCAUCUCAUAUCAUCGUUUGGUCCGAUUAUGUUCUCAUACACUUGCAAUCAACCACUGGUCACUUAGUCUGGAGAGGGUGUGAACCCGGAGGAGACUCAGGUCCCCCCUUUUAUUGCAGACAUAGUAGUCAAGACCUACACGUUCUAGGUCAAGGCCGGUUAGUAUCUACAACUUCACAGCAAAUCAUCAAGCUUUCGCAAUCUCAAGCAUCCUUAGCGAAGGUGGCCGUAUGCCACUCUCUGCCUUUGUUGACGAUGGAGCAAAGAUGACAGUGGAGAUGAUAUAUGCUUCGUGUCAACUCAGUACCUGCUAAGGUGGACAUUGGUGGUAGUACGUAGUUUUCAGGAAGCAUCAACUACAUGAGCAGCUCCAAGUGGUGUCAGACACAAAGAAGCAUCCAGCGCAAGCCGCUUCCAAGAUGUCCAAGAAAACACGCAUGGCAUAGGUUAAGAUAGUGAGAGCAUUAGACGCAGUAUUUCCUCUUUGAACAAUGCUAAUGCGUCAAUUUUUUUUUGAACAAGUUUGUUUUUUGUUUCCCCCCUUUUGGGUAAUCUAUGUUUGGUUCAGACGAUUUUUAUAAAAAUGUCUGAGCUUUAACUGGUUUGUAUAUUUAGUACCAUUCGUCAUUUAAUUACUAAGAUUCAGUUUAUAUAAACGAA